AGUCAGCGGUGAAUGCAUAAGAAAUCGGCACUGCCGCAUCAGGCCCGACAUCGUGAGGCACGAGAAAAGAGACAUGUUGGUACCACGCUAAUUGUUGGAGCCGAUUGUCGGGAUCAUCAAGAAAAAAAUAUGAUGAGGGCGCUGGGGGCAGAUCAUAGUCAGUUUCCGAUUGUUUCUUGUUCACUAGUUUGUAUGUAUUUUCUUUUAACCCCUGAAUCUCUGUUGUUCCAACUUCGUGAGAUCCAUUUCUGGAAAAUGCUUCGAUUGUUUCUCCCGUGGCGUUAUCUCUAGAGUAAGCGGUAGGGUCCAUUGAUUACGGGCGCAUCGUGCUGGAGGCGCAGGUCGUUAACCACUUUCUGUUAAGCUGUAUCGACGGUUGAUGCUUUGAAUGUAGUCUUCUGGAUUACACUAGCCUUAUUAGAAGCUCAUAUUAUAGUACAACGCUCA